GGGGACUUAGCUGCCAGCCUGAAGGAAGCUGGUGACUAUACAAGUCAAAGGUCCCCCGGGCCUGUAACCAAGUCAUUGCUAAGGACUCUAUCAAGGACACUGAGAUGGAAAUGCCGGGAGAGCCAGCUGCAAGUCUUGGGCAGACCCUGGAGUGGCUGAGGGAGGAGCUGGCCGAGAUGCAGAUCCAAGACCAGAAACUGCUACUCACACUAAGGCAUCUGCAUAGCCUCCUGGAGGAGCUUCGAGCUGAAAGCACCCACUGGCAGGACACAAGGCCCAGCAGAAACACAUCACCUUUCCGAGCAAGGCUGGGAUCAGAGGGCAGAGCCUGCCAGCCUGUGCCGAGGCAACUGACCGAGCUGCUCCGAGGGGAAAAGAGCAGGCGAAGCUCCCUUCCGUAGCCAGCCAGAGGACGCUCAUCAAAACCCUCCUACCACUAGUAUAAAUCAUGUGUCAGCUGUGUGUCCUUGAAUCUGUCAUUUAACUGUCUAUGUCACUUGCCAGAGGGUGUGUGUAUGUGUGUGUGUGUGUGUGUGUGUAAGAUAAAUUAUUGGAGGCAUAUAUGCUUUGUAAGUACAACUCUGUUACAUAGCUUCCAACAGGACGACACCAUUUUUCACAGGGCAGUUGUUAAAGAAAGAGUAUGAUAUACAAAGAGGGUUACCUACUGUUGCCUUGGCGAAAAAUCAGAACAUCUGUAAUGACUUCCUAUUUUCUGUGUUCCUGUUAGGCCUUCUUGUCCACCUUAAUCUGAUAGCAAAAGGUCCUGUUGCACCACAGAUCACAGAGAGGAGCAUGUCAGAUAUGUAAUUCAUGUUGGCUCGAACAUCAUAAUUCAUUAUUGGCUUAAUUCAUGGGCAUGCGACUCAACAAAGUCAACCACAAGCCUUCCUUGGGCUUGCUAUCUGGAUACUGCCAACCACACUUCUACAGUUAGAUUGAUUUCUUUUAGGCUGUGCUGAUCUUUGCCAGUAAGCAGUGUAAGGUUAGACUCCAGAACAAGAGGUGAAAGGAGGGACCGACUCCUUUGUCCCCUGCAGUAUCUUAGAGGGCAACCUGUGGUGUCACCCACCGGAGCUGCUUCACCUCAGCACGUGGCACCAGCCCUGUCCAAGUCCAAGGCCCAGUCUGGAGGCCCCCUCUAUGCUCAGACCCUCCUUCUCAGAUGACUGCAGGCCAGCUCUACAGGGCUCCUGUCUGUGUGGUUUAAAUUGUAAUCCUUCAGCUUCAUUGUUCCCUAGCACUGGGGGUGGUAGAUUCUUUCUGUAAUUGUUAGCUUAGAGUUCUUUUUAUAACUUCUCAUCUACUCAGUUAACUUUAUACUUAGUUAAUAAUUCUUUGUAUUAAAUUCUGUGUUUCAUUAAAAAAAAAAAGGAAAUGUUGGAACAAGCAAAAGAAACUUAUUCUAAGUACGACCAUUUUGUUUUCAGACUCCAUUUAAUCAGAGCAAGAAACUAAAUUCAAGGUCCUAGUCUCUAGGGGAACUGAGGACUUUGCAAUAGCUGAACAGCUUCUAUUAUAAGGAAACAAUUGUCCAAGUCCAGACAUCUCAGAGACAACUUGUAAGUGAAGAGUUGUCUGAGUCCAGACAUGUCAAGGACAACUUCUCCAUCUUGCUGGCAGGGUCAAACUGAGUUCAUGUUCCCAGGCCCUGGAACCAACUCCUAUCCUGACUAAUGAAAACUCUCUUGUUCCAACUCCUUAUGUCAAACUAUGAUUGGACAGUGCUACAGCCUACCGUUCUUCCCCUUGCUUUGUGGUCUCAUCCUUUAAAUAUGCUGUGCAGUUUCUCUUCAGGGUUGCAGUUCAGCUCCCGAGUCUGUUCUGUGGCAUUGACUGAUCAGUCUUGGCUUGAUUACAAUAAAUUUUUGUCAUCUGCGUUGA